CUAAGCUCUAACUUCUAUUGAGUCCGAACUAUUCUUUUUAUUUCACAUUAAAUACAACACAUACAACGGGAAUAUAAAACAACGACACAAAUACAAUUUACGUCAGAACAUCUUCGACUGAAGAAGAACAGCAACGUCACACAGCACGAACACUGCCGUUCAUUCAAGUUUGAAUGUAGAGAUACUUCCUGUUUAUAACACUCAUGUCCAGUAGAUGGCGGUAAUGUGACUUCAGAUUGGCGGACUUAGAACCCCUAAAGAAGAAAGGGAGCAGAAACGGACGGAGGAAAAGGAGGAAGAGUAGAUAGAUGAUUUUUGUAAGACACGUCCUUACACUGAAGGGUGACGACACAGAGGAGACGAUGACGAUUCACCGCCAGUCUGACGAUUAAUAUGUUAAUAACGCUGUGUUACGUCUACAUGUGGGUGCGCUUCCAUAAGUGCUACUCGGUGCUGAUCCGUCAGACUCUGUCCAGACUGAAGAGCAGCCGCAGCAGCUUCGGUUUCACCCUCUGCUCCUGCUCCUGCUCCGGUUCCGCCUCCCACUGGGUCUCAGCACCGGCGAACAGCAGACCGACAGCGGGAGCCAACGCUGCUUCACGGCCGUGUGUCACCUCUGUUACCGGGGAGGAGACGGUUUUCCUGCAGCUGGGAAAUAAGGCCGUUUACGUCACAGAGCCUCAGGUAUGUGAUGACAUCAGCAAAUGGACCGCGCUGUUAGGGUCCACUCUGGGCUGUGACCCACUAGUGGACAAUGUGUCCUUCAUCAUCGAGGCCACGGGACACCGCGUGGGCUUCAACUCUGUGACACCAGAGAAGAAGGUGCUGAAGUGGUCCGACUGUUGUCUCCCUCUGGCCUGGUGUCCUGGUCACCCGUUCAGAGCCGUGGCCCAGGCCACAGUCGACGACUUUAGUCGACUCGGAGUGGCUUUUAUCGAAGAUCGUCUUCAGAUGGACGAUGGACUGGUUCCUUCAAAGAUAAUCCCUGUUGUCCUUCCAACCACGGCUCUGACUGAACUGUUGGAGAAACAGUGUUCCCUGAGCUCUAAGAGCUCCCCCUGCCAGAGGAGCAGCCUCCUCCUCCUCACCCCCAGGACGAGGAAGAGGGUGGAGGAGCGCCGUGGGUCAGAACCACUCCGUCUGGGGCCGGGGGCAGACCCAGACGAUCGCUCCAGCGGCAGCCAUCACAUGGAGGCUCACGGACACCACCUCCAUCUCUCCAGCUGCCACGAGUGUCUGGAGCUGGAGAGCAGCACCAUCCUCUCUGUCAAGUACGCCUCGGCCGACAACAUUCCUGACCUUCCGGACGAUUCCUCGGCCGAGCUGGACACCAGAGCUGAGCUCCAGGACCAGGACCAGGACCAGGUGGACGCCGAAGGUUUUUCUGGAUGGACCGAAGGGUCCGACUGGGACAGUAAACCUCCAAACGUCCUGGUGUUCACGGACGGUAACCAGGAGCGUUUCGCGGCAGUUCAGCAGCUUCUGUCCGAGUGUCUGGACAUGGACACCAACAUCGUUUACCCUCUUCAACCGCAGCAGGUUCUGAGCGACCCCUGGCUGGACAACACCAAGCUCCUCGUGGUAGCAGAGGAGUCGACGUUAACCCCUCAGUGUCAGACCUGCUUUCUCACCUACCUCAGCCAAGGAGGUCGGGUCCUGGGCCUCUCCUCCAGCCUCUGCCCCGCAGGCCUGGGUCUGGAGGUCAGGCCGGGGGCCGGGGGCCAGGUCAGGAAACUGAACUUCUUUAAGGAAGAUGACACGGAGCUGCAGCUGAGUGUGUUGUCGAGCGGGAGGGUGUUUGUCCGAGACCCUCGGGGAGGAGGAGAGGUGGAGCUGUGGGGGGAGCUGAAGGGAGAUGCUCCUCAUCAGAGAGACAUGGUCGUAGUCAAGGUCACACAUGGAGAGGACGGGGGGGAGGCCGUGCUGUGUCAGGUCCACCUGGAAACAUCUCCUGACAGUUUAACUACCGAUGGCUUCGAUGAACUCAAGUUGUCUAAUUCACUACGUUACGAGGUUCUGACAGAGAUCCUCACCUCACUGGGCCUCAGCUGUGACCAGAACCAGACUACAGCUCCCAGUCCAGUCCACCUCCUGGCCACAUCUGAGCUCAGGGAUGGUGCUCCCCCGGCUGACGACUCCCUGCCUCUGCUCACCGACUCCUCCGACUCCUCCUGUCAGUGGGAGAACUUCUCCAUGGAGACCUACCGGAAGAACCUGAAGACCAGCGUACUGGGAAACACCCUGCUGUACGCCGAGACCGUCACGUCCACGAUGGAUCUGCUGGACGGGAUGUCUCUGAACCUGCCCCCGGAGCUGGGCCUUGUGGCGGUGGCCGGUCGUCAGAGUCAGGGCCGAGGUCGGGGUAAGAACGCCUGGCUCAGUCCAGCAGGGUGCGCCAUGUUCACCCUGAAGGUCCAGGUGGAGCUGGGCUCCAGGCUCGGACAGAGGAUCUCCUUCCUGCAGCACCUGGCGGCUCUGGCCGUGGUGGAGUCGGUCCGUACGCUGCCUGGCUACCAGGACUUAGACCUGAGGGUGAAGUGGCCCAACGACAUUUACUACGGUCACCUGAUGAAGCUGGGCACCUCCCCCUUCAUGGGAUCGCCGUUUCAUCUGCUCGUCGGUUGUGGGUUCAACGUCACCAACAGUAACCCGACCAUCUGCAUCAACGACCUGGUCCGUCAGUUCAACGUCCAGAACCGCAGCAGUCUGCAGCCCCUCAGCUGCCCCCAGCUCAUCGCCCGGACCCUCACCUGCCUGGACUCCCUCGUCAGCAGCUUUCAGAGGGGGGGCGCCGACGCUGUCCUGCCCACGUACUACAAGAGGUGGCUCCACGGGGUGCGUCUCUGGAGCGAGGACGGUCUGGAGGCGGAGGUCGUGGGUUUGGACCAAAACGGUUUCCUCCAAGUUCACACCACAGAACACGGCCUGGUGUCAGUGGAACCUGACGGGAACUCCUUUGACAUGAUGAAGAACCUGGUUCUGGUCAAGAAACAUUAGAACCAAAAAGAUCAGCGUCUGGAGGUCAGGGUUGAAGAGGUCAGAGGUCACUGCUCUCUGAGUGUGCACAAUAUAUAUGUAUGUAUAUAUAUAUAUUUAUAAAUAUAUAUGAAGGCAUAUGUAGAUGCGCUGCAGCAAUAACAAAGUUUACUUGAAAAUGAAAUAAAUUCAUGGAUUUACAUUUUUAUCAGAAACGUUAAAUUAAUAGUUAAUUAGUUAGUAGUUAAUGUUAACACAGCUCUGAACUCGUGUCCGUCUUCAUCUCUGCGAUCGGCUCGUCGUGUCUGACGCCUGAGGACUCUGCCGGGAGUCGGACUCUGCUGAGUACAAAAACAUGUAUUCAUGUGUCGGUGUGUCAGCGUGUUCAUGUUUUCAUCCUGUUCGGGUCCAAUGUAAAGAAUGAUGAAAAUAAAGACGUCUCCCACUGA